AUGUGGCUUCUCUUCUGGGGCCAGGCCACCAAGGAAAUCGGGCGGCUCGCCUUCGGUGAGGGCUGCGCUGUGGUCACCACGGCGUACAAGGUCGUCUCUGUAGCGGUGGGGGUCACCUUUGUGCUCGUCCUCCCCUUCAGCGUGCUACUGCUGGCACUGAUGAUGCCCUCACGAAGGCGGCGGCGGCGGCAGCGGCCACUGACAUUGAGGCAACGAAGGAUGCAGCCUGUUGACAGAAACCUUGAGCAAGCAAUUCCUUUGGUUUUAGCUAUCACUUUAUCGAUUUUGGAAUUUCAACGGUUAAGCAUGAAUAACUGA